CCCGCGUCGGCAAUUCCUGGGCAAUCAAGGACAACGUCAAACUCAAUUCGAUUGACAUGCAAGUACAAAGUAGUAAUUUAUCCAGCUUCAUUCAUCAAAGGUACUUCGGUUUCCGGUAUGAUAUACUGCGAGUACCACGUAGGAUAUGCACUCGCUAUCCGUAGCAAUGAGAUAUUGGGAAAGAACCAGAGAUCUACACUGUACAGACUGUGAAAUGAUUACUUAAACUUCGUUGACGUUCUCUCUUGACAUUCCUCUCUUCACUGAAUGUACUUUUAGUUGUUCCCUAUUACCAAUUGAUGUUUCGGAGACAGGAAAUCACUAACUGUCUAGUACUUACAAAAUGGCUCGCAUCACUGGAGUCACACUUCUAAGCUUUGUGCAAGCAAUUCAUGCUCAAAGUAGCUUCACUGUUGCAAGGACCGCCCCAGCGAACGCCGGUACCCCACUUCCGGCCUUCAUAAGCUACUCUAUCGAGUUUUGUUUCUUCCCGGAUUACGCUGGGAAUAACUCAAGUCCCAAUACCUACUCAGAUAAUUUGCUUGACAAUCUUGCACAUUAUCAAGGUACUAAACCGCACAUUCGAGUCGGGGGAAACACUCAGGAUUAUGCUCUUUACAAUGCUAGUCUUCCAUAUGCUGUGAAUGGUACAAUCAAUCCAGCAAAAGCUACAGACUAUCCAACAGCGGUUUAUUUUGGUCCAUCCUUUUUUGAGUCUUACAAUACUUGGUCGGAUGUCAAAUUUAGUCAUGGAUUCAAUUUGGGUCUAGGUGCGAAUAAUUCUGCUGGAUGGCAAACUCUGCUAGACACGAUCCCCUUAGCAUGCAAAGCUUUAGAAGGCGGAAAGCUUCUCAUGUGGGAAUAUGGAAAUGAACCAGAUUUAUUUUCCACCUCCGCACAAGGACCAGUUCGACCUCCUACUUGGAAUGAAUCAACAUAUGUGAGCCAAUGGUUGAAUGGCAGUCGACAGAUCAAGGAAGGCGUCGCAGCAGCUUGUCCGGACUUGGCCUCCUAUGGAUUCUUAGCACCCUCUUUUGCUGGUGUUGAAAAUCAUCUAGAUCCUGUCACCACAUGGAACUAUGGAUUAGAUGUAGGUAAAGAUAUUGAAUUGAUAUCAUCACAUAAUUAUAUUGGUGGUGCGACGCAACCAGGUGUAACACUCCAAGGAACCCUUAUGAAUCACACGUCAACUGUCGUGUCUGUGGCCCGACAGCUGAACGUGUCUAAUAUUCUUGCUUCAUCUGGCGUACCCUUUAUCCUCGGGGAGACCAAUUCACUUUACAACGAAGGUGCGCCAGGGUUGUCAAAUGCAUAUGGUGCUGCUCUAUGGAACUUGGACUUCGCUCUAUACGGUGCAAGUAAGAGCAUUCGUCGCAUUCAUUUCCACACGGGACUCUCAUUCCGCUACCAGGCUUGGCAACCCCAGGAUACGGAUGUUGUCCCAAAGGGCACCAAGCCACCAUACUACGGUAACAUCGCCGCUGCUGCCUUCUUAUCCAAUCUUACCGCAGCCACCACAACCAUAGCCGAAAUCCCACUCUCAAACGCAAUGGAAUCGGCUUACGCUGCAUAUGUCAAUGGUGCCCUCAAGCGCAUCAUAGUUAUCAACAUGCAUCAAUACAACUAUACCGUAAACGGAACCUCUACAGUUUUGAAUCCCGUCCCGCGUCCAAUCAGAAAUUACACAAUCACAAUCCCAACCAAUACUACAACCGGAUCCUCGGACCACUAUGCACCAGCUGCGCUGCCGAAGGUAGCUACAUUGAGAGCCCUUCAUGCAAAUGGUAGUGAUGCAAUAACCGGUAUUACGUACGAUGGAUAUUCUUAUAACUAUGAACUUAACAACGGAAAACCUGUACGAUUGCACAAUGUGACGGUCGGACAUACGGUCAAGGUUGUGGAUGGGAAAUUCACCGUACCAGUUGAAGAUUCGGGGGCGGUGACGGUUGAUUUCGGAGCAUGA